GAGCCGCUGGUGCGCAGGCAGGUCGCCGUCUCCGGCGGAGGCCGGGAGCUGCCGCUCUGGGUCUCGGAGCUCCCCGGCUCCCCGGCGGACAGCCGCGACUCCUACGGCAGCAGGCUCUGGCCGGCCGCGCGCUUCCUGGCCGCCCGCCUCGCCGCCGAGCCCGGCGCCGUCCGCGGCCAGGUGGUCCUCGAGCUGGGCUGCGGCAACGGGCUCUGCUCGCUGGCCGCGGCGGCCCUGGGCGCCGCCACCGCGCUCGCGACGGACUACAGGCCGCUGCCGCUGGCGCUGGCGCGGCACGCGGCGGACGCGCAGCUUGGGGCCGGCCACCGGCUCCGCACGGCCAUCUUCGAUUUCGCCGCGCCGGUGCCGUCCCCGCUGGCCGUCUCCCGGCUGCGGCGCGCCGAGCUCGUGCCGCCGCCCAGCGAGCCGCUGCCGCCGCACGACGUGCUGCUCGCGGCAGACGCCGGGUACUCGAAGGCGCUGGCCUGGAGGCUCGGCGAGCGGUGCCGCGAGUCGCUCUCGCGGGGCGGCCGCGUGCUGGUGGCCGACAGCCGCCAGAUGCCCGAGUGCCGCCUGGCACUCUCCGAGGCGCUCUCCGCGGGGGCGCCGGGGGGCGGCAGGGCCCGGCUCGAGCGGCACGCCUGCGCUGGGGGGGGCCCGGCGGUGUGGUUCCUG